UCUCUGCUCCCGCCCCCUUGAUAUCCCAUACUCCCUGGCUAUUUAAACUGAGUGCCCCCUCCGGGCACUGUUCUUGUGCCUGUCAUCCAUCAUCCACCAUGCCUCCCAAAAAAGACGCCCCUGUGAAGAGGCCAUUGGGACCUUCUGCCCCCAAACCUGCUGCCAAGCCAGCCGUGGCCCCUCCAGGGAAGCCCAAGUCUGAACCAGCUGCUCCGCCUGUCUCAGCAGCUCCCACCAAAACCCAGGAGCCCCCCAUUGACCUCUCCAAAGUGGUGAUCGAGUUUAACAAGGACCAACUGGAGGACUUCAAAGAGGCCUUUCAGCUGUUUGACCGAAUAGGAGAUGGAAAGAUCUUGUACAAUCAGUGUGGGGAUGUGAUGCGGGCCCUUGGCCAGAACCCUACCAAUGCUGAGGUGCUCAAGGUCCUGGGUCACCCAAAGAAUGAUGAGCUGAACUCCAAGCGUGUGGACUUUGAGACCUUCCUGCCCAUGCUCCAGUCAGUAGCUAAAAGCCGGGACCAAGGCACAUAUGAAGAUUAUGUUGAGGGACUUCGAGUGUUUGAUAAAGAAGGGAAUGGUACAGUCAUGGGGGCUGAACUCCGACAUGUCCUCACCACCCUGGGGGAGAAGAUGACUGAGGAAGAGGUAGAGACUCUCCUGGCUGGGCAUGAAGACAACAAUGGCUCCAUCAACUAUGAGGCCUUCCUGAAACACAUUAUGUCAAGCUGAGGCCCCAAGAUCCUCCUUCUCUCCAGCCAGUGUUUUCCUGCAUCCUGGGGAGAUGAAAGUCCAGUGCCUUGCACACAAUAGGCACUUAGUAAAUGCCUUGAGAAUGCUCCUUGGCUGCACCUAGUGGCAUUGAGAGUGGAGAAGGAUGGUGUGGGAGGGGACAGACAUACUGUGUUAUCCCCCUACGCUUGCUUUAUUUUCCAUAAUAAAGUAUUGGACUUCUA